GAUCGCAAUUUCGAGCCAUGAAUGCACAUACAACGCUCAAACAUGCGCGCAGCAUUCCAAAGCGCGCUCGCUCGCGAAAAGGCUGUGGGAGUCCCACAUGAAACGUAAGGAGCGCUCGGGCAGUUCGAGUCGUGGCUGAUAAGCGCCGCGAUGAGCUAGGGCCAGAGCGGGUGGGCGCCAACCAGGGUUUCGGCACGCCUAUGGGUCCAGGCCUGUCCAGGAAAGCGCUGACCCACACGCAUCAACCAGCUGGCCCACAGCGACGCCCAAGGCGGCUGGGGAUGGCGACACCGGCUCGGCCACAAGGAUUGGCGGCAGUGGGGUGGCCGUCAGUCCCAUCGUGGACGAGGCCAGAGCGAGCCCCGCUGCAGCAACAAUGAACCGGCAGCGACGAGUUCACCGCCAAAUGCCUGCCACGAUAGACAUCACUGUCCAUAAUUAGCAGCAGUAGCAGGAGGUGGAAAGCUGCGCACGCAUGUCUGUCUGCAAAGACGGCGCGAUGACGGUCUACAAGUUUGACUACACUCCCACCGCACGCGGCUGUACCUGCGAAGCCUGCAAGGCCAAGCUGACGGAAGGCGAGCUGCGGCUGGAGAUCACGGCGAGCUCGCCCAAGUCGCCGGGCAAACCGCCGGGCAAGUCCCCGGGCAAGUUGCCGGGCAAGUCGCCGGGCAAGUCACCUGGCAAGUCACCGGCCAAGUCAGGAGGGGGGCGUGAGCCCUCGGCGCGCUACCGGUGCCUGCGCUGCAUCACGCCCACCAUCGCGGCGCACGCGGUGGCGGCGGCCGGCGGCGUGGUUGAGGACCUGCCCGGACUGCCAGACCUGCGGAAGCCCGACCAGCAGGCGGCCCGGCACAGGAUGCAUGAGCUGAUCAAGGAGAUGGAGGAGCACGUGGCCGCCUUGCCGCAGCCGACCACGGCCGCCGCGUUGCCCAAGAAGCGCAAGGCGCAGGCGCCACGCGGCAAGGCGGCGGCCGCUAGUGGAUCCGGCAGCAAGCGGAAGGCGGCUGCGGGCGGCAGCGGCGGCCAGGGCCGGGGCCGGGCCCGGGGCCGCGGCGCUGCUGUAGCUAAGCGUCAGCGGGGCGAGGAGGACGAGGGCGGUGAGGACGAGGAGGCUGGGGAAGCCGAGGAGGCGGAGGAGGCCAGCGGUGAGGACGAGCAAGAGGAGGAUGCGCAGCAGGAGGCUGGCAGCAGCGGAGAGCAGGAGGAGGACGAGGGGGAGGAAGAGGAGGAGGAACAGGAGGAGGAGGAGAAGGAGGCGGGCAAGGCCGAUGCAGCAAAGCCAGCCGCGGGCAAGGGCCGCACGGCGGGCAAGCGCAGUGGCGAGUCAGCUGCGGCGGCGGAGCAGGAGGCGCAGGAGGAGGCGCAGCCGGAAGGCGAGGAGCAGGGGGAGCAGGAGCUGCAGCUGGGGGAGCAGGAGCAGGAGGAGCAGGAGCUGGGGGAGCAGGAGGAGCAGGAGGACGAUGAUGACGAUACGCCGCUGGGCGCCCUGGUGGCUGGCAUGCAAGAGCAGCAGAAGCCGGCGACGGAGCAGGAGCCGACGGCGCAGGGCGACGAGCAGGGCCAGCCGACCCCGGAGACCAUGGUCGGAAAGCCCCUGCCUGUGGUGGUAGACAUGCUGGAGCGGCAGGGGCAGGAGCAGCAGGGGCAGCGGGGGCAGCGGGGGCAGGGGCAGCAGCAGCCAGGCGCGACUGGUGUGGCACCCGUGCAGAUGGCGGCGGCGGCGGUGCGGGCCGCCGGCGCGGCGGUCAUGGCGGCGGGCACGGGCGGCAACGGCGCGGCGCCGCAGGGCGCAGUGGAGGCCGUGCUCGCCGCGGCAGAGGACCCCCGCAUGGAGGGGGCGCAGCCGGCACUGGGGCCGGAUGUGCCGGCGGAGGUGCUGGCGGCGGCGCUGGUGGCGGCUGAGGCGGCGAACGCCAGGGAGUGUGUGGCGGGCCAGGUGGCGGAGGCGCAGAUGGGCCCGGUGGCGUUUGAGAUUGACGCCGCCGGCAAAUCAGAGCGGCAGGCGGUGGCGGAGGCGCCGGCAGGCGAGGGCGACACGGCGGAGGCGGAGGCGGAGGCGGGCGAGUAGGAGUUUGGGAUGUGCGAGGAUGUUGGGAGUUAGCGUUGCGCCUUUGCCGUUGAUGCCGUGUGUUUACGGUAGUAUUGCUGUCCUUUGUGCGGGCUUGUUAGCAAGGCGCGGCGAUGUUGAAAGGCUUGUUGUUGAAGCAACACGUUUAGAGGGCCCAGACAGCGGCAGGGCCCUCCCCUGGGCCCGGACAGCUGCAAAUGCAGUACAGCCCGCAGAGAUUGGACAGAGUAUCGCCUGGGAAACCCCAAGGACAGCAACGUGGUGCGUUGUGGGCGGUGUUGUGCACGCCCGUAUGGAUCGAUGAGGAAUUUGAGCUGGGCAGCACCUGAGCGCCGGGCCCAUGCGUUGCAGUUUUGCAGAAUGCAUACGGUGCUGUGCGCCCUUGUAAUCCUGCAAGUUG